AUGGCAUACAGGAAUUUUCACCAGUGUCAUCCUGAUUUUGAAGGUCAACUGCCCAUCUUCCACGACACAGAUGGCUCGCCGGUGUACGAAGCACCCUAUCGCAUUCUGCUGCAAUCAACUAUUGUGCACAACGACACAGCGGCUCUGAACUCUUACAAUAAUAGCCCACACUCCCGGGUAUUCUUGCAAGCCUACGACGGGAGUUAUGAUAAUCCUUUCAGCAUUGCUUUUGGAUAUCGCAGUUUCGAUGCAUUGCGUAUACUAAUCAAAAUGUAUCUUUCAGAUACGUCGCUGACUGAGCCCUUGGAAGAAUAUACACGCCGCUUGAAUGUCUCUUUUAUUCAUGACGCCUGCGCUACUGCCGAUCAAGAGCUUGUUCUAUGGACGCCUUUAUAUUGCGGCGCUCAAGCGCUGGGAGAGGCGGGUGAACUAAUGCCAUACCCUAAGGCUGGGGAGACGCCGGUUACUGCCAGGCAGAGGGCGCGCGAGCAUCAUGAGCGCACAGAGAAAUUUAUCUACUGGCUUUUGGAUAAUGGAUGCUCUUUGUCCAAGUCUAGUGUUUUUGAGGGAGAUUGGGAUAAGACUUUGCCGGGAGGGUCGGAAGCAGCAUCUCAGUUAAGAAGUACUGUCCUCGGGAUGGCAAUUUCUUACGCAAGCUACGAGAUGGUCGGGCAUCUUAUUGCCAAGGGGGCUGACGUUCAUGCUCGCGAGGUGUGGCUUGGUCCAUCAGGCAUGCAAGCACUGAUUGAUCAUCGGGGCGAUGUUGAGCUUGCAGACAUGGUGACGAUAGCCGAUGAUAAAGGUCGACUUCCGCUGCACUGGGCCAUGAUAGGUGUUCGAAAUCAUCGUGAAGAGAAGGAUAAUGCGGAUGACAUUAUCUCACGAAUGAUUGCCACUGUGAAGACUCUACUUGACGCGAGACCGGCAACUGUUGACUCGCGAGACCAGUAUGGUGCUACGGCUUUUCAUUACGCACUCUACACCCACAUUGAGUAUCGAGAAGUCUUUCAAGUUGUUCAAGUCCUUUUGGAUGCACAUCCAUCUGUCGAAACACUAAACUCCCGCGACAAUCGAGGCAUGACUGUUCUUGGCGAGGCGAUUAGGUCAUUUAAAUCUUAUGGCGGCACUGUUGAAGAAGUAACAAGCUUGAUCAUGAUCUUGCUGGCGAACGGGGCCAAUCCCCGCUUGUGCGACAACAAAGCACGUAAUAUCCUCCACAUGCUUUGCAUGCAAUCCAUAGAAGAGUCCAUCGCUCCUGUCAUACUGGAUCAAAUUCUCAAGUUUGUUGAUGUCAAUGAGACUGAUGACGACGGCCACACUUCACUACAUUAUCUGGUGAAGACUGUGGAACAGAUUGAUGCCGUUCGGCAUCUCAUUAUUCAGGGUGCCGAUAUUGUCAAGAGUGAUCACCAGGGUAGUACUGCUCUUCACGAGCUGAUCGAAGGGCAGAUUAUCAAAAAAAGAUUUGAAACCAGGGUUCAAAGGGGGCGAAUGCGCGGGAGAGGAUAUGGGAAUAGGAAGAAAGGGACACGAGAUGAGUUGAUUCAAGUCUUGGUCAAUGCUGGAGCAUCUAUGGAAAAGCCUAAUGGAGCUGGACAGACACCCAGGCAGAUGUUGGAUAAUUUUUGA